GUUGCCCUUCUCCACUUCAAUUUUUUUUCCCGUUCUCCAUCCGAUCUUCCGUUCCCCACUCCGAUCUUCUUCGUGCCGCAGGUCUCCCAUCCGCGAUCUUCGCCGACGACCCAGCCGCAGCGCCGCAACUCCAAGACAUGCAGGCGACUCCAUUCUCUCCGGCGUGAAGGAUUUCAGUGGAUCUGGAUAAUAGUCGUGGAGACAACAUUUGACGUCGUAUAGUACUUUUGAAGGUGGGGGAAACAGCAGCUGACAUGGAUUCUCAUGUCGAUCAUUAUGCCGUUCUUGGCUUACCCUCGGGCGAAGAAGGAUCCAAGCUUUCAGAAAAAGAGAUAUCCAAAGCGUACCGUUCAAAAGCUUUGGAGUUACACCCGGACAAGAAACCGGACGAUCCGAACGCCCACUCACAUUUCCAAAAGCUGAAGACUUCGUACGAGAUCCUCAAGGAUGAGAAAGCUAGGAAGCUCUUCGACGAUCUUCUCCGAGUCAAACACGAAAAGUCAAAGCGCCAGUCUCACUACGAUGCAAAGCGUAGGAAGAUGGCAUCCGACCUCGAGGCGAGGGAGCGUUCCGCCUUCCGGAGCGAUGAUGUGGCGAGAGCACGAGAAGAGGAAGAAGAACAAAUCGCCCAUAAACUCAAAGAGGAAAUCGCGAGAAUUCGUGCGAUGCUUGCCAACAAAAACGCCUCUAUCACCCCAACCCCACCUUCAAAGACAGGGGGAGUAGCACGGGAUGAAGCCCAAGAUACCCGCGGGGCUGUUACUGUAGAUAAAGACAAGGUGCUAAAAGUGUCAUGGGAGAAGGCUGGCGUACUGGGAUACACUGCCCAACGGUUGAGGGAGAUAUUCGGGCAGUUUGGGGAGGUAGAAGAUGUCGUCAUAAAGAGUUCCAAGUCCAAAGGGUCGGCGCUUGUUGUCAUGGCUUCUAAGGACGCCGCGGCAUCCGCUUGUGGGACCGUUUUAGGAGAUCUUUCAAAUCCUCUAUUGGCCGUGCCAAUCAACCUGUCUGUGAAACCGCCUCCCUUUGCUCCUGCGUCAAGAGACGUGGGGCCCGAGGCGGAGUCGAAGUUGUAUGAACUCGUCGGCGCAGGAUAUCAGGCGUUCGAAGAUUCUGUGUUGGAGAAACUGAAUAAGGCUGCUCAGCGGCAAAAAGAGGAAGCCAAAUCUGCUAAUGAUAACCUGUAAUGUGCUUCUUCUUAACUGGAUUUCUAUAUUAUAAAUCCAAAUCGUGAUGUAAUGUGUUUAAUGUACGUUUUAGACAUGCGCACACACACACACACACAAAUGAACCCCAUCCCCGAGGGUCUCUGAGAACCAACCGGACGGUGGUAAAUUGGGCUUUAUUCAGUGAUUGGUGGCACAAAGUGGAACUUGUACCCGUUUCUUGCAGUGAGUGACUGUAUACUUAGCAUAAUUAUUUCCGUGCGUAGUUGUCAAGAAUUGAAUUCGGGUAUUACCCUUUGGGC